AUGGCGGAUUCUAAUCCAAGUUCUAGUUCUAGUUCCAGUUCAGUCUCAUCAGGGGAAUCUCAUCGAAGCAACCGCAAUCCAGAUAGGGCAAAUCUUAGCCGAGAAAGAUUAAUCUUAGACCAGGCGCGUGAACAAGAGCUACAAGAGCGCAGGCUAGAGGCCCAUCGAGAGCAGGAGCAGCAAGAGAGAGACCGACAGAGGCGAGGAGAUCGUCGACAAGAGGGAGACCGUAACGGUGACUCUGAUGAGCCCACUGGAGAGAUCCCGCCACAGCGCAAAUUUGCAGUACCAAAAAGGCGCAUGCGGGUCGUCAGAGACUGGAUGACUUCCACACUGAGUCCUUCGGAAGCCAAGCAGUUUCGAGAGAGGUUUUUGCCAAGCUUUACUGACACAGAUUUUGAUUUGAAAUGCCCUCAGGUGGAUUCCUCUCUGUCCUGGCGUUUUAAGGAUCUCAAGUGUCACGAAAUGUCAAAGGCAGAAGCUACGGAAAAGUCAUUGAAAGCUGAACAAUACAAAGUCCUAGACGUCACCCGUCCGCUCCUCUACCUAAAAGAGCAGAUGGCCGAAGGAGAGCUUCAAAACUCGCCCAUGGCUGAGGAUGUUGACGUCGCUCUGCGUUUGUGGGGCCAUACUUUCUAUGGAAUCACGGCCAGCCGCCGCGAAAAUUUAUUGAAGGUGUCCGACCCAAAGUUCGUCUCCUUGCUGAAGGAGCCAGAACGCUUUAAGACCAAACAGUGCGGAGCCCUAUUCGGCAGUCACUUCAUUAAAGAAAUGGUCAAAGAGGCGACUAACGACCAGAAAUUGAGGAGCAUCGGGCGCCCAGUGGGCCAACCAUCGGGCUUCAAAAGUCGCUACCCAGGUCCCAGCUAUAACCCAGCAUCGGCAAGCGGCUAUCAUCGUAGUGGCUAUAAUGGCGGCAACCGAGGCGGAAACUUCAGUGGAGGCCGCAAUUCGACCGAAUUUUUUAGGAACAAGAAGCAGAAAUCGAGCCAAAGGUAUGUGCCAGUUUUAUCGGCACCUAAACAAGCCACAUGUUCUUCCGCCAUUGGAGGACCCAUGGAUCAUUCAGAGUAUAAAUGA